CCUCCCCUCUCAUCAGCAGAUACUUGAGCUCAGGUGUGUCAGUGCCUCACUUUUACUCACUUUCAAUCUUGUUGCUGAAGCUGAAGCUCCUGGCCUCAACCUCAAUCUCGUCUCCAGCGGCUCAAAAAGGUUGGAUAUGGAAACGGAGUGUGUUAACAGACCUCCACCAUCUCAUCCACAAACUAACAGAAGGAACCCAGCCGGUACAAGUGCUGUAAACUCUGGGCAGCAGGGUCCAGGACUAUCAGCCCAUCCCCAACCCUUCAUCCCCCUUCAGCCCCAGCCUGUCUACUAUGUGCCUCCUGCGCCUCCACCCUCUCUCCUCCACUACCAGUGGCCCGGGCCCUUCCAGUACAACCCUUUUACUGGCUUCCCCGGCAUGGGCUAUGGUAUGGUCAUAUCCCCGUUCCCCCCGGCGCCUUACAUGGAGGCUCCAGGCUACGUCCUCCCCCACCCUCACGUUCAGCCCGUCAAUUACCGGCGCUUCCCCCAUCCUCAGGUUCCUGCUGCCAGAGCACCCUGCCAGAGCCAAAACCAGAACCACAGAUUCCGCACUCAAUACGUUUCUGGGAUCAGACAGACUGUCAACGCGGAGGUCCAAACAGAACCGGCACUGACCAGAAACAUCGGUAGUUCUGGGCAGAGAAGCCCACUGGCCGGUUCAGAGUCUGGGCACGGGACUACCUCCCCUUCCUCGUCAAGCUCCAGCACAGAGGCCAUACAACGGGGCCAUACAGAGGUGGAGAACCACACGGUACCCUGCAGAAAUGCCAGACAUGACUGCCUAGUUAACACGAAAAGCCCAGGUAGAGGCACAGCCAAAGACGGGUUCAAAACUUCAUCUCCAGCUCUUGUCACCAAAGAGAGACGAGUGUCUUUCCCUGAUAUUCUGAUGAGUUGGGAAGGCAGCACGCCGCCGGUGACAAUGCCGAAAACGGCAGACAAGGCGUUAGAUCUGCCGGCCGCCCCUGAAGAAACUGAGGCUGAGCAUGAGAAGACGGUUAAUCUCAAUCCGGCUGAGCAACAGAGCAGUCAGGCGGCGGUUGAUGGUAAAGACACAAAAGAUUGUGACACUGAAAAUGUUUUAAUUUCCAAGGAAAGACAGGCCCUCCACCAAAUCCUCAAACUGCCUUUUCCCCUCCAAGAGCUGCUGUCAGAAACCAGGAGAGAGAACGAGUCUGCAGGGCUGGUCGGUUCAGUCAGGACUUCCAUCCCCUCCAGAGAGAGGGCGGUUAGGCAUGAACUGCUAAAUUCCCUGAAUGAAUCCCAAAGAGUCCCUGACGCUGAUCAAGAAAACAGUGAGUCUCUUCUACUUGAAAAGACAACAGAGAGCCUUCCUGAUCAAGUGUCUUUUAGGUAUGUUCAGAUCAAGAGAAAACUGAAUGAAUCUGUCUGGUCCGUGGACUCAUUAGCCCCCUACAUCCCCUCUCUGGACUGGCUGAUACAGAAUGGAGUCAUAGAGCCUGACGUAAUCAUCGAAGAGAUUGCGGCGAAUGAUGAAAAUGGUGCCCUGUCAAGCCAAAAUGACAGUGCAACUGAAAAAGUUAUGAAAGAGAAAAGCUCUUCUGACCGAGAGGAUGAUGAUGUCAGAACAGAGAGGCAGGUGUCUUGCCCUGAUAUUGUGAUGAGCCGGGAAGGCAGCACGCCACCAGUAAUUAUGCCAAAAAUGGCUGACAAGGUGUUAGACCAGCCGGCCUUCUCUGAAGAAGCUGAGGCCGAGCAUGAGAGGACGGUUAAUCUGAGUCUGACUGAGCAACAGAGCAGUCAGGUGGUGGUUGAUGGUAAAGACACUCAAGAUAUGGACACAGAACAUUUUUUCCUUUCCAAGGAAAGGGAGGCCCUCCACCACAUCCUCAAACUGUCUUUUCCCAUUAAAGAACUGAAUGAAUCCCAAAGAGUCCCUGAUGCUGAUCAAGAAAACAGUGAGUCUCUUCUACUUGAAAAGACAACAGAGAGCCUUCCUGAUCAAGUGUCUUCUAGGUAUAUUCAGAUCAAGAGAAAACUGAACGAGUCUGUCUGGUCUGUGGAGUCAUUAGCCCCCUACAUCCCCUCUCAGGACUGGCUGAUACAGAAUGGAGUCAUAGAGCCUGACGUAAUCAUCGAAGAGAUUGCGGCGAAUGAUGAAAAUGGUGCCCUGUCAAUGCAAAAUGACAGUGCAAUUGACAAAAUGAAGAAUGAAAGAAAGGGGCACACACAGGUUUUCCACAGGUUGUCCUCUGACUCUCUCCCAGUCAUUGUGUCCCCAUCCCGUUGGCUUGGUGACCGAUGUAAAGUGAAUUGCCACAACAGGUUCCCCUUGGCUUCUCAGCAGAAUAUUGAUGCUGUUUUCAGUACGCCAGCUGAGACGUUAAACGCUGAAAAGAGGCCAGAAAUGCAGUGUAAAGGUCACCCCUCUAAAUUGGAGGGACAACUGAAGCAAAGCCUGAGUUUGGAGCCUCCAGUUAAGGAUCACCUUGCUUCCCCACCUCCCCUGCAGAGUGAAAAAGGCUCAUCUACAGAGAGCGAUGCUGAGAAAAGUGGGUCUUCUGAACCUGGGGCCAAUCAAAGCCUGAACCAGAAAUGUGUUACUGUAAUUGAGCAGCGGGAGCCAAACCCCUGCUCUCCUGAGCUAGAAGAACUCCCUGCCUCAUCCCCGUUGAGUCACCAUAUCAAGGAGGUGAAAAUGGAGCAGAAAACUGCAGUACGUGGGCAUGAAGAAACCAGUCAGCUGAGACCUGAACUACUGGGUGUCAAGCUGGUCGAGCACAAAUUGUCUCCAUCGAAAGGAGACUUUGUGGACUGUGGUGUCCAGUGCUCUGAAUUUCAGGAGGAGAUUUGCUCCUGCGAAAACGGCAAGAAUAAGACGGGGGUGAAAAGAAAGAGCCCAUUUAAACACUCAGCAGACUCGAGGAAAGCCAACAAAGCUAAGGCUGUGGAGGAAGCCAGCGAGAAUGGACACCUGAGGCGUGGACAGUGGAAGAGCAAGCAGCAAGGUGGAAAUAAAAGGACCCAAAGAUACUGAACACUGACCAGAUUCUAAAACUCUUGUUUUUUUUUGUGUGUGUGUGUACGAUCUUUUUAAAAUGUAAAUGUAAUAUGAUUUUAAUUGUAAUAAAUACUUUUAUAUUUUCAAUACA